AUGCCACUUUACCUGUAUGGUUUUGACUUCAGUAAUAAAAGUUCUCACGAAAUGUAUGUGAAUCCAGUGUUAUUUUGGUGUCUGCAUCCACUGUGUCUUUCCUCCCUUUUGGUCAGAAGCUUCCUUUUGUGUAAAUGCAAUGCUGGCUGUUUGGAAGUUCAUACUUCAGCCAUUAAUCAGAUAAAUAAUUUUCUUCACUUUCAAGGGAAAUUACUUACUUUAAAAAUACUAUCAUUUUAUGACACGAAUCACUGGAUGAAAAGAAUUGGUAAUGUGAGUGUGAAAUACAUCUCACCAGCAGUUUUCUCCAGCAAGGCCCUGAAGCAGGAAAAUAGUGACUUUCAUAUGCAAAUUGCACAAAACUGUUGCCCACGGUGUGGAAAAGUUUACGGUAACAAGGGUAACCUUAUGCGACACCUCAAGUUUGAGUGUGGUGUGGCACCGAUGUUCAGUUGUCCAUAUUGCCAGACACGGUGGAAGCGUAAGGAUAAUAUGGAAGUGCACAUUAGGACUUUACACAUGAGGGAGAGUAUUUAG